AUGCCGUGCUACGAAGAACGAUGCUGGUUCUCUGGCGCUUCCGAUACCACGAGGGGUGGCGUCAGAUCCGCCAGGAAACGGAUGGCGGCAGAGGCGCCCAUCCCCUCGGCUUGCCCGACAGCGGACUCGGGCGAAUUGAAGCAAAGCCGACUUCUCCGAACACUGCACGAGUCUCAGGCGCAGGGCGCCGCCUUUGAGAAAGGCUUGUCCACUACCGAUUCGCCUUUCGAACAGAUCGGCGGCUUCGGAGCAAUGGAUGGGCAGGCACACUCAGGAGAGGGCGCUGUAACUAUGCCCUGCACUUCAUCGGACAGACUUCCCGAUCUGCGCGUCUAA